GCUGUUGGCGUGACGUAUAAUCUAGUGGACGGAACGCUCCUUUCAACAUCAGCAACAACAGUUAGUCAGACACCUGGGUAGCUUGCUAGACAAAAUAGCCCAACCAAUAUUGCUCUCUAGACGCUUUAGUGUAUUUUAGCCACUGUGUUUUAAACCCACUCCUGUCGUCUAGUUAGUUAUCCGAUUUCAUUUCACAUUUACAGUAUUGUUAUUAGUCAGCUAGCGGUCUGGUUAAGUUAGCAUUAGCCUAGCUAACAUCCUCGACCAUGCGGUCACUAAGCUACUCUCCUGAUGAAGAGGAGGAAGAUAUCACAGUAAAAGGAGAGGAGGAAGAGAAAGAGGGUCUGUGGCUGAACAUUUUCGUGAAAGAGGAGAAGGGAGAGAAGUAUGUUACAAUACAAAAACAAGUAGAGGGUGAGGCUGUUACAGUGAAAGAAGAAGAGAAAGACGUUUCAGUGAAAGAAGAGGGAGACGCGUUCAGAGUGAAAGAGGAGGAGGAUGUUACAGUAAAAGGGGAGGAGGAUGUUACAGUAAAAGGGGAGGAUGAAGCAGUUUAUAGAGUGAAAGAGGAGGGGGAGAUGACUGUUACAUCGGAAGAGGAAACUGGAUAUCUCGGCCCAGUUUCCCAAACGCAUCUUAAGGCAUCCAAUGGUUCUAACAAUGAAUUUAGCCAUACAAUGGUUUUGAGAAACCGUUCCCGGAUUAACACUAGAGAGAGACGGGACUAUUGUGGAUCCUCUGGGGAGCCUCAACAACCUCAUGAUGCUGACAGGGCAGAGAAGAGUCUCUCCAGAUCAGAACACCUCAGGAAACGCCUGCAGAGACCCACAGGGAAGGGAACUCACUGCUGCUCUGACUGUGGGAAGAGGUUCACCUCAUCAGGCAUUAAACUUCAUCAGAGAACACACACAGGGGAGAAAUAUUAUAGCUGUGAUCAAUGUGGGAAGAGUUUUGGUCGAUCUUGCCAUCUGACUCAACACAAGACAAUACACACAGGUGAGAGACCGUUUAGCUGUGAUCAAUGUGGGAAGAGUUUUGGUCACUCUGGAGAGCUGACAGUGCACCAGAGAGCACACACGGGAGAGAAACCUUACAGCUGUGUUCAAUGUGGGAAGAGUUUUGAUCGAUCUGACCAUCUGACUAGACACCAGAGAAUACACACAGGUGAGAGACCGUUUAGCUGUGAUCAAUGUGGGAAGAGUUUUGGUCACUCUGGAGAGCUGACAGUGCACCAGAGAGCACACACGGGAGAGAAACCUUACAGCUGUGUUCAAUGUGGGAAGAGUUUUGAUCGAUCUGACAAUCUGACUAGACACCAGAGAAUACACACAGGUGAGAAAUCUUACAGCUGUGUUCAAUGUGGGAAGAGUUUUGGUCGAUCUUGCCAUCUGACUCAACACAAGAGAAUACACACAGGUGAGAGACCGUUUAGCUGUGAUCAAUGUGGAAAGAGUUUUGGUCACUCUGGAGAGCUGACAGUGCACAAGAGAGCACACACGGGAGAGAAACCUUACAGCUGUGUUCAAUGUGGAAAGAGUUUUGGUCAAUCUGGAGAGCUGACAGUGCACAAGAGAGCACACACGGGAGAGAAACCUUACAGCUGUGUUCAAUGUGGGAAGAGUUUUGGUCGAUCUGGCCAUCUGACUAGACACCAGAGAAUACACACAGGUGAGAAAUCUUACAGCUGUGUUCAAUGUGGGAAGAGUUUUGGUCGAUCUGGCCAUCUGACUAGACACCAGAGAAUACACACAGGUGAGAAAUCUUACAGCUGUGUUCAAUGUGGGAAGAGUUUUGGUCGAUCUGGCCAUCUGAUUAGACACCAGAGAAUACACACAGGAGAGAAAUCUUAUAGCUGUGGUCAAUGUGGGAAAAGAUGUACAACAUCUGGCUCUUUGACUCUACACCAGAGAACACACAGGAGAGAAAUCUCAUAGCUGUGAUCAGUGUGACAAGAGAUACUCUGAUAAAAGAUCUCUGAUAAAACAUCAGAAAAUACAUACAUGAAGGUGUUGUUUCGUGAUAUCAAUGAAAUGAUGUCACAAUAUAGAAUAUUUAAACAUUGUAGUAGGAGUAUUUUUAAGGAAUUUCACAAUGUAGAACCCUAAACGUUUGCCUCAUUGAAUUGAUUUCAGCGUAAUAUGGAUAUUAGCCUUGGGGAAAAAUCCAGGCUCUGAAUUGAAAGAGUACUAUUUAAGUGACUUAACAAAAAUUGAUUCACAAAAAAAGAGCUGUGUUACACUUAUCAUGUUGGUGACCCGCUUGAAUCAAAAUACAACACUUAAAUGCAGCUAGCUCUUUUCUAUAAAUUGUCCUCUAACCAGUGAUGUACACAUUAUUCCCAGAUUCCAUGUUUUUGAGCUGUUAGUUUUAACAGGACGUGCAACGUCAUCUCCCUCCUCUCGGCACAAUUGAUUUCAACAUGAUAUCGAGGAGUGAUGACAAAUAAGUGUUGCGUUCCUUUGUUUAGCGACCCCUAAAUUGAAAUGCAUCACUCCAAAAUGUAGCUGACUGUCUUCGGCAGGUUGUCCUCUAACCAAUGAGCUAAAAGAUCUCCUAUUUCUGUGUGUUUUUUUAGUUGUUAGUUUCAACAGCAUGUACAACCUGAUUUCCCCUCUAAUCGAUAUCAGUGAUUUAUUGUUACUUGUCAAAACCACAGCGUUUUUUUGUGCUUGUGUCCAUGGUGAGGACAACUUGGUUUCUGAUUGUCUCAAGGUGUGGCAGUCAAAAGUUUUGUUUUGCGUUUAGCCAGUGAGUUGCCAUGGAUCUUUUUUUGACUGCACGUUUUUCCGUUUUGGAGAUGAGUUUUGUUUGGGCUCGUUCCAAGUGGACGAGAGUUCUAGAAGCAAGUGAGUUUUAGGAAGGGAAAAAAUAAACUUUUCUUGUUUUUAAUUGUUGAUAGGCAGAAGACACCAUAUUUAAAUUGAUGAAGGUGAAGCAUUGUAGUUGGUUAUAAUGUGAAAUGGAAGUUGUUUUCUGUUGGUGGUGAGCAUUCUCUUAACCUGUUACGACUAGACGUUCCGCUACAUCCCGAUGAAAUUGCAGAGUGCGAAAUUCAAAGAAAUUAUUUGAAAUAUUUAACUUUCAAAAAAUCACAAGUGUAAUACAUCAAAAUCAAGCUUAACUUCUUAAUAAUUCAGCCACAGUGUCAGCUUUCAAAAAGGCUUUACGGCGAAAGCAAACUAAGCGAUUAUCUGAGGACAGCGCCCCAUCAUACAAAUGCAUGACCAACAUUUUUCAACCAGGGAGGUGCGACACGAAAGUCAGAAAUAACAAUAUAAUUCAUGCCUUACCUUUGAAGACCUUCUUCUGUUGUCACUCCAAAAUGUCCCAGAAACAUCACAAAUGGUUCUUUUGUUCGAUAAAUUCCUUUGUUAUAUCCCCAAAAUGUCCAUUUAUUUGGCACGUUUGAUUCAGAAAUACACCCGUUCCAACUCGCCCAACAUGACUACAAACAAAGUUACCUGUAAAGUUGGUCCAAACAUUUCAACCAACUUUCCUAAUCCUUCCUCAGGUAUCCUAAAACAUAAAUGAUCGAUCAAAUUUAAGACGGAUAUAUACUGUGUUCAAUAGCGGAUAAAAUCAACGUGGAGUGGGCUCCAGGUUGCGCGCAAAACACAAUAGAGUCCACUUGGCUUGAUACUCCGAGAACAGCUGUACUUCUUCAUUUCUCUAUAGAAAAACAUCAACCAAUUUCUAAAGACUGUUGACAUCUAGUGGAAGCCAUAGGAACUGUAACCAGGUGCCUCAUAAAUAUAGUUUCCCAUAGAAUGUAUUUUGAAAACACAGUGACCUAAAAAAAAAUGUCCUGCAUGGUUUGUCCUCUGGGUUUCGCCUGCCAAAUAAAUGCUGUUAUACUCACAGACAUUAUUCAAAUAGUUUUCGAAAAUUCUGAGUGUUUUCUAUCCAAAUCUACAAAUAAUAUGCAUAUCCUAGCUUCUGGGCCUGAGUAGCAGGCAGUUUGGGCACGCUUUUCAUCCGGAUGUGAAACUAUUGCCCCCUAGCCCAAAGAGGUUUAAGGUGUUUACAGUCUUUGGUUUUUCCAUUUAUGUUUUGAGGUUGGACUUUAUAGCUCGUUAGCACGUAGGGAACACUGAUUGGUGUCACCUCAUUCGUCAGUAUGUGUUACACCUGUGCUGGCUUGUCCAUCUCGUUACUCGGAAGGUGUUUCACCUGAGCUGGUCCAGGUUCUAUUUUAGAGUGUCUGGCCCAGUGCUCCAGUUGUCUUGAUAGAUGUGGAGUGUCAACAACUUUAGUUGCGCUACCCUUUUGGUUUGCUUCCUGUCUUUAAGUUUGUUGUGGGUUUUUCUUUUGUUUGCCUCUUCUUGGGCAGAUUUAGUGGGUAUCAUUUAUGUCCCAGUUGUUAACAGUCAACUUUCAGUGGAUACCGUGAGAGCAAGAUUGUUAUAAUACUUUUAUUGCAUCAAAUGGUUGUUUUAUGCAACAGAAUAGAGGGUUCUUAGAACUAUUGUGUCUGUGUGUUCUACUGAGGAUAGGCCUCUGGGAGAUAACUGACAGGAGAUUGUUAAGGGAAUUUUUAUCAAUAAUGACUAAUUAUGUAUACAUUUCAAUCAGGACUGACUAAUCAGAAUACUAUUAUGUUACUGUAUAUGUACUAAUCAGAAUACUAUUAUGUUACUCUAUAUGUAUGAAUUUUCUUUUUAAUCUUAGUACUGAAUAUAAUGUGUGCAAAUAUAAUCAAGAAUUAGAACAAUGACUGUCUGUACCAUGGUAGAAUUGAAUGAACUCAUAGCCAGACUGGCUAGAAUGCUUAUCUACACCAGCUGUCCUGAGCUCAAGUAUAUAUCAUCUUAAUAGGGAAAGACGAUGUGAGAACCAUACAGCCUUUGUAUUAGAGCGGAGAUGGCACGGGUUGGUGCUGAAACUAAUGACGUCAUUUUCAGUUUAUAACCUGUGGUAAAAUGUGUAGGGAGGAGUACUCUCGUGAAUAAAAUGGGCACUGUCCAUUACUAUACAAUAAGGGUCUUACAAAUCCUUAUGAAUUGACAGUGUUUAAUUUUAAUUGGGUGUUAAAACAUAGAGCAAUUUAAUUCCUGCAACAGAGAUUUACAAUGUCUUUUGGGUGAUUAAAACCUAAAGAGAGCACAUUCCAGAGCAUGAGUUAAUGUUUCUGUUCUGUAUGGUACCAGAGAGAGAUGACCCCAGGUUCUCUACACAAAGAGUACUGUUUUUACAGCAGAUACCUAUAAUUCUCAGCAGACAGUAUCUUUCAUACAAAUCUUAAUCUUGUGACCCAUUCUAUACAUCUGUUGUUCGUCAUACAUGGUUGAAAGGGGUGUAUCUUGGCUGUAAAAUACCUUUGUACUCUUGUUUGUUGUAUUGCCCUGCUCCCUUAUUAAGUGAAUAAAGAUUUAAUUUAA